UUCUAGCUCCUCGAUCUCGUCCCUCGUCGUCCUCCUACUCCGGCUUAGCUCGAACACUACCACAAUGGUGACAAGGAGGCUGGCCCUGAGCUCCCUGUUUUAUAGCAAGCCCAGGUACACUUCGACGUUUCCCGCUACGGCCAUCGCGGCUGCGUGGCCGUGGCCGUCCUGCAAGAACCCAAGAACGCAGUCCACCCGCGCCACGCAGCCGCCGGGCGCCAGGACCAUCGCCUCCAUCUUCCUUGACUCUGCGGAGUCCUCCUUCACGACCUCCUCCGCGCGGCAGGACUGCUCCGACAGCCUCUCCACGGCGUCCGAGGCGUCGGCGGCGGGCGACCCGGCGGACGACGCCGUCGUGCGCGGGCUCCGCUCCGACCGGCUCCUCUUCGACCCGGGCGCGUCAGCCACGAGCUCCAUACUCGAGGAGAAGGCCGCGGGCGCGGGCGCCAGAGAAGCGUUCGUCGGUGGCGUGCCGGUCGCGUUCGAUUCGGCGGACCCGUACGUGGACUUCCGGGCGUCCAUGGAGGAGAUGGUGGCCGCGCACGGGGUCGGCGACUGGGACUGGCUGGAGGAGAUGCUGGGGUGGUAUCUGCGCGCCAACGACAAGGACACGCACUGCGCCAUCGUGGCGGCGUUCAUCGACGUCGUCUUCGCCAUAGCCGACCCAGCUCGGGAGGCAUGCUCUUCCCGGAGCUCUUCUUGCACGUUCCCGGCAGGAGAGUUGGAGGUGCCGGAGAAGGAUUCAAAAGCUGGAGUACUCACCGUGUAA